AUGGACGAAGAGAAGCAGAGCAGUCUGACCACCGAAACCACCCGCUCUGACGACGGAAAGACCGUCGUGGACUGGAAAGGGGACGCUGAUCCGGGCCAUCCUCAUAACUGGUCAAAGUCUCGCAAAUGGUUCAUCAUUGGUCUCACAUCGCUGACAUGUUUCAAUGGCGCGAUUGUGUCCACCAUCUUUGCUCCCGGGGUUCCCGAUGUCCUCGAGGAGUUUCGUAUCUCUAGCGGCUCCUUAGAGUCGUUCAUGGUGACGGUCUACCUGAUCGGAUCUGUAAUAGGACCCCUGGUUUUGCCUCCUAUUAGUGAAUGCUAUGGGCGAUUGCUCAUAACGCACAUCUCUAAUGUCGGCUUUUUGUUCUCGUCUAUCCUGUGUGCGGCGGCAGUCAACAUGCCGAUGAUUAUCCUCGCGCGGUUCCUUAUGGGAAUUGCUGCGUCAGUUCCCAGCACCGUUGGCGGUGGUAUCAUCGCUGAUUUGAUGGUUGUUGAGGAGCGCGGCACUGCCUUAACGGCUUGGACGAUUGGAAAUUCGUUGAGCCAGGUUUUGGGACCUAUAUUUGGAGGGUACAUCGUGUAUGGAGCCGGUUGGCGAUGGACUGUCUGGGUGGUUGUCAUAAUCAAAGAGUCCCACGCACCGACUCUCCUGCGACAAGAAGCAGCACGACUCCAGAAGAUCACCGGCAUCAUGCAUCGCGCCAGCAGCGAUGACGGCCAACCUGCAAGCGUAAGGAUUAAGCGCGCCAUCACCCGGCCACUCCGGAUGAUGGUGCAGGCUCCGAUCGUGACGAUCGCCUCAUGCUACAACUCCGUAUCCUACACCUACAUGUACAUCUGCAUCACGAGUUUCACGCGGGUAUUCGAGACCACGUACGGGUUCGACGCCAGCAACGCGGGACUCGCGUACGUCGGACUCGGGAUCGGAUCUUGUCUCGCGCAGUUGACCAUCGCGUCCCUCUCGGACCGAUACAUCCAGCUGCGCAAGAGCCUCAGCAAGACCGUGAAGCCCGAGCACCGCCUCUUCACGCUCGUGGCGGGCGUGAUCGUUCUUCCGAUCGGGCUGUUCUGGUACGGCUGGACGGCCCAGUAUAAGGUGCACUGGAUCGCGCCCAUCAUCGGCACCAGCUUCGUGGGAUUCGGCAUCAUGUGUGUUCAACUGAGUGUGCAGCUGUAUCUGGUCGACGGGUUCAGCUACUAUGCGGCUAGUGCUGUGGCGGCUAACCUCGCCAUCAAAAGUACCUUUGGGACGGUGAUCCCGUUGGCUGGAGCUCCGCUGUAUGAUAGUCUGGGUUUGGGCUGGGGGAACAGCCUUCUUGGGUUCAUUGCGGUCGGGCUGAUACCGGCCUCGUUGGUCCUUAUGCGGUAUGGCGAUGGGAUUCGAAGGUCUUAUGGGCUGGUUUACCUCGAAAAGACCAAGGAAAUGUCACACUUCUACCCCCGCUCCCCCUACGCCGAAGACCAGCGCCUCUCCCACACAAUCCUAACCACCCACGUCCUCAGCCGCGGCUUCCAAGCUGGCACGGGGAUCGGCCUCCUCGUGCAUCUCGGCCUUACCCUCGGCCAACGCAACCGCCUCACCGCGCCCGCCGUCCUCCGCUCCGCCGGCGUCGGCGGCGUCCUCGGCACCGGCGCCCUCGGCGUCGCGCUGUUCCUGCGCAUGCGUGGCCGCGAGCUGAUCGAGUGGAAGGAUCGCAGCUGGGCGUUGCGGAAUAAUGCGCGCCAGGUCAGAGUGGAUGAUUUCAGGCGUUCUGGUUGGCUUGAAUAUUUGUGA